GUCAUGUUUCUCUUUUUUUUCUCAGCACCAACAAUUCAUCUACUUCAAUCUGUCUCUAUUGUCAUAGUUGGUGAUGACCUCACUUUGCCUUGUGAAAAUGUGACACAUGGUCAGGAUGACUGUAACAGUACUACCUGGGCCUUCAGUGGUUCAACAGACACGGCAGUAGUGGAGUUGGCCACUCAUGGGCAGAUUCACAAAGAUGUUAGAGCUAAGUCAGCCAGGCUGAGUGUUAGUGAAGACUGUUCUCUGGUUAUAAACAAGGUCACAGUUGAGGAUGCUGGCCGUUACACGUGCAGACAAAUCAAAUCAGGAAAUGAAGUUUCAGAGUUUGAUGUCUAUCUUUCCGUUAUUAACACGACUCAACAUGACAACGGUAACAAAGCCAUCUUGAGCUGCUCCUUGUUGGCAUAUAAACCCUGUACAUACAUAGUAGAAUGGCUCUACGAGGGUGAAGAGAACAUCUAUACAGACAUGAAGAUAUUACCAGGUUCCUGCUCUUCAGCAGUGACAUUUAAAUCUCAACUUAAUCAGAAGUCAAAGAUUUAUGAGUCUCUGAAGUGCAAUGUGACAGAUGAGUCCAGUAACAAAGUGAAGCUGUUUCCCUUCAGCUCUCAGUCGUCAGGUUGGUCAUGGGAGCAUAUUAUAUUUCCUGCUUUAGUAGCCGUCUUAGUUGCUGCUGUGGUGAUGAUCACAAGGAAGAAAACUAGAGGGAACAUGGAAAUGGAUCAACAGAACAAUGUGAGUUUCAUCCAUUGAUCAUUCUGAUUCUUCAAUAAAAAAACUGAGUUUUUGGUGAUUGUCUGUUAAGUUCUCUACACCUGUAUGACCCUAAGAAAAUAACA